AUGUUGACAACCGAGCUCUCCGAGGUCGAGGUCUCGGCACUUAGAGCCAACAAGGACCGCCUGGCUCAAGAUCUUCACCACUCAUGCCAAUGGGGAUCAGGGAUUAGAUGGGGAGAUGGUCCUACAGAUACGGGAAUGCAGCGCCUCGCGCUCUCAGAAGACGAUAAGAGUGUCCGUGACUGGUUCAUCCAGACCAUGGAGGAUCUGAAGUGUAACGUCACCGUGGACGAAAUGGGUAACAUCUUUGCCGUUCGUCCUGGCCGGAGAGCGGAUGCACCUGCCACAUUUAUUGGGAGCCAUCUCGAUACACAACCGACCGGUGGACGGUAUGACGGUAUCCUGGGUGUCUUGUCAGGCAUUGAAGCCAUAAAGACAAUGAACGACCUGGGUCUAGAGACGGAGGGUGGCGUUGGCGUAGUCAAUUGGACCAAUGAGGAAGGGGCUCGAUUCCCAGUCAGCAUGAUCUCAAGUGGUGUAUGGGCCGACUGUAUACCAUUGGCGCAUGCGCACAACCUCAAAGAGGUACCUACUGUAGCAUCACUACCAACAGCAGCAUCAGAGCCGGAGACCAUGAAGAGCGCCCUGCAGAAGAUCGGAUACAUGGGCGACGUUCCAUGCUCGUACAAGUCGACGCCGAUGGCCGCCCAUUUCGAACUCCACAUCGAGCAAGGCCCAUACCUGGUAACGGCGGGCCAGCGAGUGGGCGUUGUAACAGUUGUGCAGGCCUUCAGGUGGUUCCGACUCAACAUCAUCGGCCGGGAUACACAUACGGGAACCACAGCCUUUGAACACCGCGCAGACGCUCUGUAUGCAUUCGCUCGGAUGAUGGUUCGCGCACGAGAAGUGGCAGCUGCAAAGAAAUGUCUUGCCAGUGUUGGUAUUGUGGAGGCGAAGCCUGGAAGUGUGAACACCGUUCCUGGAACGGUGAGCUUCAGCUUGGACAUUCGUGGCCCUGAGACAGAGCUAGUUGCUGAAGUUGAGAAAGAGCUGCGGACUGAGUUUGAUGCGAUUGCUGCUGCUGAGGGGGCUGGAAUUGGCAAGCCGUGUCGCGUAGAGUGGAAUCUCGAAUUCGACUCGCCCGCUGUCAAGUUCCAUGAAGACUGCAUUGACUGCGUGCAGCAGUCGGCAGAGGCGGUUGUUGCAGAUGAGCCUGUUGCGGACACCAAGUCGCUUGUGCGGACUAUUAUGAGUGGUGCGGGCCAUGACAGUGUCUUCACAUCCAAGCGUGUGCCGACCAGUAUGAUCUUCAUUCCGUGCAAGGAUGGUCUCAGCCAUCAUCCUGAGGAAUUCUCCACUGCUGAGGACUGCGCCACGGGGGCAUCGGUCAUUUUGCAGGCUGUGGUGCGCUACGACAGGAAGAGGUUCAUGUAA